AUGAGUAGAACUAUUAUCAUCACAUCUUCGUGUGCUCCUCCACCUCCACCACCAGUCACUGUAUUAUACGUUAGGAACAAUGUGAGAUGUGUCCCAAAGCCUUCGUACAUCACCGUUGUUGAUCAAAUAAGUAAACCGGUGAUUCUUACUCAACAAAUUGUCGAUUAUGGAACUCCAUUGAUUAUUCAACAGCCUGAUUAUUAUGUUGUCGACAACAGUCCUAUUAUCGUCACUGAUUGCGCACCACGUAGCGUUGUACGCAUUGGUGUUAGUAGUUCAAGAUGCUGUUCAAGCUGUUACAGAACGUGCCUGUGUUGA